AUGGGACUUAACCAGAUACGGACAACCGUAAGAGGAUCUGUCAAAUGCAGAUUUCAACUCGUUGAGGUGAACGAGAGACGCGGUUGUGGUAAAUAUGUUCGUUCGCUGCGACAUUUCAUGUCAAUGGCGAAAGCAAGACGCUUCUUCUUUAUUUAUAUGCCACGUCACUUCUUUAUUCAUUGUCACUGGGUAAAUUCGCUCUCCCUUUCUUUCUCACCCUAUCUAUCUAUCUAUCUAUCUCCCUUUCUCUGUCUCUCUAUCUCUCUCUUCUCUCCCUCACACUAUCUCACUCUCUCUGGGGGUAAAGUCUUUCCCUCCCUCUGUCUGUCUGUCUGUCUCUCUCUUUCUGUCUUUGUCUAUCUGUCUCUCCCUCUCUAUUUCUCUCUGAUUGAAAUCAACCUCUCUUCUUCUCUUAAUUUCUUUCUCUCUCACCCCUCUCUCUCUCUCUCUCUCUCUCUCUCUCUCUCUCUCUCUCUCUGUAAAAAUAAUUAUCUCUAUAUCUCCCUGUGGGUGAAGAGAUUUCGUAACGAUGAAGCCAAUUUUUAG